UCCAAACACAUGAACCUUUCCCGCUCUAAACACAGCAAAUCCGAACCCCUCAUCAUCUUGAUUCUUGAACCAUAACAAAAAAACCCUAAUAAAAAAACGUGUUUCAGAGUCACUGAACCGAACCCAUUCCUCGCCGGAGCUGCAUCAUCAGCUUGAAGCAGAACUAUUUUUAACCUCCAUUAAUCAUGAAUCAAGAUGCUGCUCAAGAAAACAGUAACGUGAAUUCGAUUCCCAAGAAAUCGAUUCCACCCUACAUGAAGGCACUUUCUGGCUCGCUUGGUGGGAUUAUGGAGGCUGCUUGUCUCCAACCCAUUGAUGUGAUCAAGACCAGACUGCAGCUUGAUAGGUCAGGGCAAUACAAGGGAAUUCUUCAUUGUGGGAGUACGAUUGCACGAUCUGAGGGGGUACGGGCUUUGUGGAAGGGUUUGACACCUUUUGCCACACAUUUGACAUUGAAGUAUACACUUCGAAUGGGUUCAAAUGCAUUGCUUCAGUCUGCGUUUAAGGAUUCUGAGACGGGGAAGAUCAGUAAUCAUGGGCGGUUUCUUUCUGGGUUUGGCGCUGGGGUGCUUGAGGCUGUUGUGAUUGUUACGCCAUUUGAGGUGGUGAAGAUAAGAUUGCAACAGCAGAAAGGGCUAAGCCACGAGCUUUUAAAAUAUAGAGGUCCUGUGCAUUGUGCAGGAAUGAUCAUAAAGGAAGAAGGUUUCCGUGGGCUUUGGGCUGGCGUUACUCCUACCAUAAUGCGCAACGGGACAAAUCAAUCUGUCAUGUUUACUGCGAAAAAUUCCUUUGAUGUGCUUUUAUGGAAGAAAAAUGAAGGCGAUGGUAAAGUUCUUCUACCAUGGCAGUCAAUGAUCUCAGGAUUCCUUGCAGGUACGGCAGGUCCUAUUUGCACCGGUCCUUUUGAUGUAGUGAAAACAAGGUUGAUGGCUCAGGUUAAAGUGGGAGGUGAAGUAAAGUAUAAGGGUAUGAUCCAUGCCAUCAGAACAAUACAUGCAGAGGAAGGACUUGUUGCCUUAUGGAAAGGUUUGUUACCUCGGCUCAUGAGGAUUCCACCUGGACAAGCCAUUAUGUGGGCUGUGGCUGAUCAAGUAAUUGGUCUGUAUGAGAGGAGAUAUCUUCAAACUUCAUAAUUUUAGGGUUGUUUUUCCUCUCUUUACAUUACUAAUGAUUUCUCCAUAAUAGACAAAUUCCAUUGCAAGCAUAUAAAAAUAAUCAUUUUAGCCUCAAGUCAACCCACAUAGUGGAAUAAGGCUAGGCGGCUGUUGUUGUUGUUGUUGUAGCCUCUAGUCAAUAUUUGUUUAUUUUUCUCUUGGAUUUUAUUUGUUGAUCUAAACACUAAAGGGUCAUACAAAAGCUUCAUUCCUUGGGGAAUUUUAGCUUAGAGAAGUGUUAAUAGUAAUUGCAAAACUACUAGCAAAGCCCUUUAGGUCUUUUUUUGGCUAUAUGUUGAGAUCUAAAGUAAUGUGAGAUGCUUUAGUUUUAAGGCUGCGGUUUUAUGCACUUGUUGAGUUUGACUCUGAAGUUUGUUUGUUUGUAUUUUCUUGAAAUGAGUGUGUUAAUUUUUUAUUUGGU